CCCAAAGAUAUUUUGAUCUCCGAAAAAGAUUCGAAGGCACGCAGAACAGAUGGCAAACAGAACAAACAUAUCCAAAAGACACACCCGAAGGAUGCUUUGGUGAUGGCUGGUUGUCACUCCAGUGUUUUUGCCGAGUUACAGUUGCACUCCAGUUAUAUUAUCUUACUAGCUACACUGUAGCUAGUUGCUCAAUAUGAACCAGUUCCUAUCAUUGUCGAUGCUCUUCUUGGGGGUGGUGCUUGCAUUGUUCACUGAAGGAUGUCGAGCCUUUGCUCCUCGUCCUUCCAUUGCCACCCUUUUAAACACUAAUGCAAAGACGACCACCUCUUUGUUCUUGGCAGACAUGCCACUGGAAGAAGGCGAGGAGGAACUUUUCUUCUUGCAGCAUAAUAAGGAAGAUGAUGAUUUGGAUGAUUUGGACGAUCAAUGGAUGGCAUUUCAAGAGCAACGACAACAAGUGCCAAAACAAGUGCGUCUCGCAGAUUUGGCUUUGGAAACAACAACAACAACAGAGACACAACAAGCUACGAAUGACAACAACAACGGUGCAAUGCAAGAAGUGGCCAUGGCGGGAGCAUUCUUUCUCGUUGCAAUCACAUGCCUGGUUGGAGUCUACUACAGUGGGACAGCACCCGUACUCGUCGCCACCACCAACCAUAUGGAUAUCAUUCCGUACUAACUAAACUUACACGCUGAAACCGAGAAAAGCAAGAACAACAAGAAGGAGAGAGGCAUUGCCCAUGGUGUUGCGUUACGUACCCAAAGAAAAGCAACAUCAUGGAUUGAUGUUGGAAUAGUUUUAAGAUAGAUUUUGAUUGGUGGAAACCAGUUCCUCUUGCCGUAUCGCCAAUGACUUGACUAUUGGUUCCAUCUGUGGUAACUCUCUAGCUAGCUCUACUCUUUGAUCUAUCUGACUCGCUCAUCAGUGCUGGG